AUGGCAGGUGACGCGCGCAAGAAAGGAGGCGUCUAUAGCGACAACCCGAAGACACGGAGAACAGUAGAGUAUCUCCAAAACCUCCCUACCGAGAAGAGGAAUGAGAAGCGAAAGAACUUCCUUGAGUACCGCUCUUUGAGAACCACAUGCAUUACCCGUGCCAAGAAAGCAGACUACCAGCAGAGCCGCUCGCGGGACGACAAACUCACCAUGCUGCGUGAGGCCUGUCAUAAUGCCAUUGCUAACAGGCUGAAAAAGGGCAUCGACUAUGAGGGCACUGACAUUGAGACCCAUGUCGCUCGCUUCCAUGAUCGCGCCUUUUUUGACGGCAACAAGAAGAACGCUAGCGCCUCCAACAUUGCCAGCACCCCCAGUCCUGCCAGUGAGGCCGCCGACCCCGACUCUGACACCGAGCAGUCUGCCAACGCCCACAACGGCAGCCAGACUACAGCGCCUGCAAGCACUCCCAGCACAACCAACAUAGCUGACUCCAUCGGGGACCAUAGCACCAUCACCGAUGGUAUUGGCGAGGAGUUUCAGCUACUUGAAGAAGAGUAUGAGAUGAUACUCCAAGAGAUGAGCGUCCGCGCGUACAUCCAGCUCCAGACCGCCCACAAGCUGCGUCUCCUAGUGGAGGCUGCUGGCUUCUGA